AGAGGCCCCAGCCGUGAUUCCGAUCCCGCUAAGCCAGUUUAGAGGCUCUUCCCAAUCGCCGUUUGCGACCAAGAACGUCCAAUGAGAAGGACGGGAUGGCAGCGAGCAUCGAAAUUUGGAGACUUGCUGUUGUUGGAAACACGAAAAGUUAAUGAUUGGGAGUUGAGAACAAAGAGUCAGCAUGAUCUGCUCAUGACAUCCCACUUCAACUUCAACUCACCGCUCCGAUCAAGCUCACAAUGGACCCGGCCAGCAAACCGUCCCAUGUCCAGCCAUCAAUCAGAUCCUUCUUCCAACCCCGGCAACCCAAUUACACAGCACCUCCACAACUCCCAACUGCCCAUGCCGCGCCAAGCCCACCAGCGGUGACGAAGACGACGACAAAGGCCCAGCCUGCAACAGUGCCAAUCCCUCCGCCGGCACCACCCGUGACCACGCCAACGGCACAAGGCCCGGCGUUUUCAAUUCCAGCCUCCCUCCCAACCCUCCCUCCGCCCCCCUCGCUUCCGCCGCAGGCAAGCAUCGUCCCCGUGCGCGAGCACCACAUCUCCGCCCUGCGGCGCAUCAACUCCCUCCUGCUGCCGGUGACCUACCCCGAUGCCUUCUACGCCCGCAUCCUGUCCCCGGAGGUGUCGGGCCUCUUCUCGCGAGCCAUCCUCUGGCAAGAUGAGGGAGAGCCCGAGCCCAAGGUAGUCGGCGGCGUAGUCUGCCGACUCGAGCCCUCCCCCUUUGUCGACCCAUCGGGCAACCCGCAGAGCAUAAGCACGCGCCAGCAGAAACCACCAGUCGGGCCCACCACCACCACAACCAGCCGCUACCACGCCAUCUACAUCCAAUCGCUGGCCCUGCUCUCCCCCUACCGCGCCCUCGGCCUCGCCGCCGCGGCGCUGGAGAACAUAGCCGGCACCGCGGCGCUGCUGCGCCAGAUGGCCGACACCGCGACGACGACGACGCCCGGCCAGCCGCCGUCGCCGGGGCCGGGCCCUGGCCCUGGUCUCGACGUCGCCACCAUCUACGCGCACGUGUGGACCGAGAACCACGAGGGCCUGCGGUGGUACGCGGCGCGCGGGUUCGCGUGCGAGGGCCCCGGGCCCGUGCACGGCUACUACCUCAAGCUGAGGCCGGACACGGCAUGGGUGGUGCGGCGGGAGGUCGGUGCCGCCGUGCCGCCGCGAGGGUUGGGGGCUGUCUCGUCCGAGCUCGCGGCGAGGACACAGGCACCGGUGCCUGUAUCACCCUCCAGCACCGUAGCCGCGGCGGUGAACCUACUCUCUUCUGAUAGCAAGUCGGCGCCAGCGCAGGUGCAGGCUCAGACGCAAGCGUAUACCCAGGCGCCGACGCCGGUGCCGACGCCGCCAACCGCCACGCCAAGCCCCGCGCCGUCGAUGUCGUACCAGAAGGCGCGGCCCGACAUGGAGUGGAACGACCUGCCGGCGGACAUCAUAAGCGCUGCGCAGCCGGGACGGGGCACACACCACCUCUCUGCGCCGGGGUCGGGAGCCAGCUCGUCGAGGAGCAGCUCGACGGGGCGCAAGAAGAAGGACCGGUCGUACCCGGCCGCGGCAUUUGGGAACUAGUACGCGACGGACGCUGGGCUGGAGGUCGGACUGAUGCCCGGAUGAGUGGUCAAAUGGGAUAUGGAAUAGCUGGAUGGGGGCGUAUGGGCAUUAUAGGAGAUGGGCUGGAAUGAAGGGGGGUUUGCGAUCUGCAACCCCUGAGUACCUUUGCUGAACGGUCGAUGCCGCUUUUCAUGGUUUAGGUUUGGAUAGAAUGGAUUAAACAUAGAGAAGAGUACUAGAGUCUUAUAGGUAGUAUACACAGACUCUUUCCAACGCAUGCACAUGGCCACUUCCAAACCAUGUAGGG